AUGAUAGGGAUCGCUCCCGUGUUCUUGUUCGCUCAUGGCUCAACCAUGAUGCUAGGCGAGGAAUCCGAACCAGCCAAGGUUUGGGAGCAAGUUGGAAAUGAAGCUCUGAGAAGGGGAAUAAAGAGGAUUGUGAUGAUGGGUGCACACUGGGAGUCUCCAGGUGACACAAUCGAGAUCAGCAUGAAUCCAGGCCCCAAAAUGCUUCCAGUUGGCUCAGUGAAAGACUCGCGCUACAUGCCCUACAAGGUCCAACCAGAUCUUGAAGGGGGUGAAAAGGUGAUCAAACUACUAAAGUCCGCUGGCUUCAACGUUAAGGCGGCUCCAAAAUUCGACUGGAUUCACGACACGUUCUUGAUAAUUAUCCGCAUGUUUCCGCACUGCGUUCCGCUUCCUACAACUAUCGUAUCUAUGAACGCAAGAUAUGAAUCGCACUUCCAUCUCAAGAUUGGCGCCGCACUCCGCCCCCUACGAUAUGAAGAUACCUUAAUCAUUGGGAGUGGAGGGUCUGUACAUAAUCUGUACCGUAAUCAUUGGUCAGAUAUGAUGCUGUACCGUGACAACUUUUCUCAACCUGUGCCACCGGGAACAUGGGCAUUGGAGUUUCGACAGGCCGUGGAGGAUAAUAUUACCAACAACACGGGCCCGGAGCUCCGACGCGCUAUCACAAGGAUGAUGAAACACCCUAGAUAUAAGGAGGCACAUGGUACUGAUGAUCACUGGAUGGCUUCUCUCUUCGCAGUCGGUGCUGCUGGAGGUAAGGAGGAUGAAGGCCCCAACACAAUGAUAGCUGAGUGUUGGGAGCUCGUGAAUAUGUGUAAUACACAAUAUCAGCUUGGUAGUUGGGAUGCGUAUAGAACGAUUCAAUGA